AUGCUGAUUGACAACAAUGGCUCUUUUGAGAUUGAUGACCAAUCCCAUAUGGAUGUCGAUGCCUCUCACAACCAGUCCGUGGCUUUGCUCACGCCCACAAGGCCCAACGAGGAUGGACCUACUGCGGAUACUGAUGAAGGCUCGCUGCCUGAACCCGGUACACAACCCGGCAAGCGCAGGAGGAAGAAGUCUAUGGUCUGGGAGCACUUCACCAUUGAAACCGCUAGCCCUGGAUCUACUAAAGCUUGUUGCAAACACUGCAGGAAAUCAUUUGCCUACAUAACUGGCCAAAAGUUGGCAGGAACAAGCCACCUUAAGCGUCACAUUCAACUGGGUAUCUGUCCAAUGAGCCGAGAGACCCACUCUCAGCUCCCACCAACCUCUGAAACCAAAGAUCCUACCACCACUUGUCCUCCCAAAAAACGCCCGAGGUUGUCUGCUCCAUAUAUGAAUGUCCCUCUGAAUCAGGAUCGUUGCUACAAUGAGAUGGCUAAGAUGAUUAUCAUGCAUGAAUAUCCGCUUCACAUGGUCGAGCAUUCUGGAUUUACUGGUUUCGUGCAGGCCCUGCGUCCCCAGUUCACUAUGGCAAGCUUCAAUACCAUUCAUGCUGAUUGUGUGACUAUGUACUUGUCGGAGAAGCAAAAACUUUCAGACUUCAUCACUGAGAUUCCUGGGCGAGUGAACCUCACCGUUGAUUUGUGGACAUCAAAUCAAUCAGUGGGUUAUGCGUUUGUGACAGGACACUUCAUUGAUCGGGACUGGAAUCUUACUCACAGGCUUCUAAAUGUCGCUGUUGUUCCUUCCCCUGAUUCAGAUUUUGCUUUAAAUCAGCCUAUUGCAGCUUGUGUAUCCGACUGGCAUCUGGAGAGAAGGCUUUCCAGCAUCACUGUUGGGCAAUCAGUAGUAAAUAAAACUUCUAUUGAAAACCUCAGAUGCUGUCUGUCUGCCAGGAACCAGCAUGUAAUGAACGGUCAGUUGUUGUUGGGGAAUUGCUAUGCCCGCCUCCUAAGCAGUAUGGCCCAGGAUGUGCUUGGAAAUGAGGGUCUUGAAACUCCCAUUAGAAAAGUUCGUGAUAGCGUGAAGUAUGUGAAGACCAAAGACAGUUCCGGAGAGAGGUUUGAUGAGCUGAAGAAACAACUUCAAACCCCUUCAACAAAAGAUCUCUGCAUUGACAACCUAACGAAAUGGGACACAACUUACAAUAUGUUACUGGCUGCAUACGAACACAAGGAAGUGUUUUCUUGCCUGGGAAACUGCGAUCUUGACUAUAAAAUGUCAACAUCUCCGGAAGAGUGGACAAAGAUCGAGAAUCUCUGCUCGUGCUUGAAGAUUCUAUUUGACGCGGCUAAUGUUUUGACUGGCCCAACCCGAUUGACAGCAAACGAUUUGUACCAUGAAAUUACAAAGCUUCAGCUAGAGUUAAACAACGCAGCCAUGAGUGAAGACCCAGAUGUCAGAAACCUGGCGAACCCAAUGAGAGAGAAGUUUGACGAGUACUGGAGAGGAUGCUUCCUGCUUCUGGCAGUUGCUGUGGUGAUGGAUCCACGCUUCAAGAUGAAGCUUAUUGAGUUUAGUUUCUCUAAGGCUUAUGGGGAAGAUGCAGAAAAAUGGAUCAGGAGUGUUGAUGAUGCUAUACGUGAUCUGUACCAUGACUAUACUGAACAGAGUCACUCCCUGAUGGAUGCUUAUGUGGGCCACGGGAAUGAUGGCUUUUCCGAAACAGAUAUGUCUCAAGUUCACUUCCAUGAUGAAUACCAACACUCAAAUGGGCUUACACAUGAUCAAAUAUAUGAACAGCCUGAAGAUGGCAAUCCGCUGAAUGGAAAACCAGGAGACCACGUUUUAGACGGUCAUGAGUCUCAAGAAGUUGCUCAGACUGAGGUAAAUCCACAGGCAACAGAAUCCUUACCUCAUGUCCAAGAAGAGAAAAUUGCAGAGCCUCUUCUUCAGGAAGAUCAGACAGGUCAUCCCGUUGAGGAAAUGCCACUGGAAAACCAGGGAGUGGAUGAUGACAAGGAUCUAACCCACGGCACGCAGCCGGUAGAGGAAAUGCUCGAGGACACUCAAGCAGUUGAGGAAGUGGAGAAAAAUGAUGAUGACAUUCAGCCUGUUGAAGAAAUCGUGGAGGACACUCAAGCAGUUGAGGAAGUGGCUCAUGAGGUACAAGUGGUGGAGAAGGAGCAUGAUGACAUUCAGCCUGUUGAGGAGGUAGGAGAUGAGACACAGUCAGUGGAGGAAAUGCUGGAGGAAACUACAUCAGUUGAGACUCAACUGGUGGAGGAAAAGCGUGAUGACAUUGAACAUGUUGAGGAAGUAGGAGAUGAGACACAGCCAGUGGACGAAAUGCUUGAGGAAACUCAACCAGUUGAGGAAGUGGCUCAGGAGGCACAGCUGGUGGAGGAAACGCAUGAUGACAUCCAGCACGUUGAGGAAGUAGAAGAUGAGACACAACCAGUGGACGAAAUGCUCGAGGAAACUCAACCAGUUGAGGAAGAGGCUCAGGAGGCACAGCUGGUGGAGGAAACGCAUGAUGACAUUGAGGCAGUUAAGGAAAUCGUCGAGGACACGCAUCCUGCUGAACAGGAGGCACAGCCAGUAGAGGGGAUAUUAGAGGAAGCGGCACCGUCAGUGGAGCCAAUCCCGGAGCACAGUGAAAGCCCACAAGAAGGCGAAGCUGUGCAACAAGAGCAGCAAUUAGAUCAAGGCAUAGCCUCAGAGCCACAAGAUGAUUCUCAAUCACAUGCGAUGCCACAGGAGGAAGCAGCUACGUUUGCAAUCCCUCAAGAAGGUCACCAUGUUGACGUCCUUCUCCAGGAAGGCCACCACCUUGAAGCAUCUUCGCAGGAGUUUCCCCUCAUCACCAUUGGAGAUGGGUUCUCGGACUUCGAGCUUUACAUCUCUGAGGUAGGCAGUCACCAGCAGAUGAAAUCGGAGCUCGACCAAUACCUGGAGGAAUCUCUGAUACCGCGAUCACAGGACUUUGAAAUUCUGGGCUGGUGGAGCCUCAACCGUACCAAGUACCCCACUCUCUCCAAGAUGGCAGCUGAUGUAUUGUCCCUACCCUUUUGCACUGUCUCUCCAGAUUCUGUUUUUGACACAGAGGUGAAGAAGAUGGACAAUUACAGGAGCUCCCUUCAACACGUGACCUUGGAAGCUCUCUUCUGCGCCAAGGACUGGUUCAAGCACGGCUCUUCCACUUCCACCUCGGAGAACAAUCUCAAGAGGGAAUCUUGA